AUGAUGUCGAGUUUAUCACUACUUAAAUACCAUACUUCACGGCUCGUCAGACAAAAGAGACUGGAAGACUUCCCAGAUACUCCUGGAGUAGAAAGCGCACUAUAUCAUGCAACGGAGCAGCUACCCCGCGAGAUAGGGCACUUUAAGUUGAUGCAAAGUGCACAAUUCGUUCAGGCACUGCGAAGUCCUGAGAGUGAAGCCAUACGGUCGGAGGCCGUUGAGGUGCUGCGACAGUCUACAACAGAUAUUCUCCCUGCCUGCCUAGAUGCGAUCAUCGCCAUCUCCGCGUAUAUAUGUGCACAAAUGUCUGGAGGAUGGAUUUCUCGCUCCUCAGAUGAAGAACAUGACCGACUUCUAUCACGAUGUCAGAAACCACUAAAAGCACUUAAGUCGGCUUGUGCCGCAUUCACGACUGAGACGACAGAGCGACUUCUCCAAAUCCACGCGGACAUGUUUGAGGAGACCGGCCAUCUGCGGUAUUCCAGCAACAUUGCAAUCCAUCCCUUCCGGGGCGUCAUGUUUGGGAUGGUGUUUGAGAAACAGGUACUUCUUGUGUCUGAUGCUUUGGAGAAACUCUUGGAACGAAUCAUCCAGCUAUGCCAUGGACGGACGAGAGUGAAGCUUUGGUUCCCUCGCGGAAUCAGAUAUGCAGCUGCGUGGGCUUUCAAUGGAAAUGUUGCAGCUCCCAUUCCAAGCCAAUCGAGUGUCGUGGAUCCCAACAUUGUGGAUAAAGCAGCUAAUAAAGCAGCUAAUGAAUCCCAAAGACGCCUCCGAAUCAUUCGUGGAUAUGGAGUCAAACGACGAAGGGGACUGGCUAGAUUUAUUAUUACCACAAAGGAGUGGUUGUUCAACCCCCAUGGUUUAUAUGCUUUGAGAAUGGCGAUUCCUGCGGUCAUACCGUCUAGCGCAGGUUUCUACUAUCGUGAGAAGGGUAUCUGGGGCCUUAUAAUGGGUCAAACAACUUUGUUGGUCUACAUGGCAGACUUUACCUUCUCAAUGAUCAGUCGAACCAUUGGGACUGUUGUUGGAGGCGUGCUCGGACUGCUGAUCUGGUAUGUUGUGUUAGAAAUAGAUUGUGGGUCACGUGGCCGCCAAGCGGGCGGAGCGGCCCCACUCGUAGCUAUCUAG